AUUCACCCUCAUAACAUUUACCUGCUGCGUGGUGUGUGCAAUGUGCGCGGUGGUGAACUGUUUAUUAUCAAACCGCAUUGGUGCGUGAUAGCGUGGUGAGUAGUGGUUGGAAAAGGGUCGUUGGCGUGACAACCACACAAUCAAACAAAACAAAUCCCUACGAACGAGUCUGUCGUAAUUUAUUCUAUAAAUAGUAAACGUUUCCGGAGUUCAUUCGUCUUGCACCGACGUAUUGUGUCGAUUGAUUUAACAUUAUCAUUAUCAAUGGCGGCCAUUUUAAAUUUCAUUCAUGAGUAUUAUUAAUUUCCGCUAUUGCCAUCUAUAGGUGUUAAUAGAAAUGAAUAUUACUUAAGUAUGUAGUACAGAGCGUAAGCUACGAAGACUAUGGAUUCUGUUCUUGUUUUAAUAACGGUAUUGAGUCAGUUGGUGGUCGGUGUGGUCCGUGACCGACUCAACUUGAAUGGAGUUGCAUGUAGAAUCAGUCAUCUGUGAUGUUGCCUCAGUUCACCUGGAGAAACAGGUAGAAGAAGCACUGGAGCGGAAUAAAUUUGCUUCCCGAUGUGCGCACAAUGUUUGCUUAUUGCUCGAGUUGAUGACAUUUACCUUUAGUUGUUGGAAAUAAGUUAAAUGAUGUUAAUUGAAGUGAAAUAAAGAAACAUUGUGGACAAAAACACAAUGGAUCCAGGAAUAAUAUGCUUCCAACAUUGUGGACCAAAAGUCUUCUGCAUGAAUCUAACAGAAAAGUGCCCUACAUGCGAAGAAGAUCUCUCAGAAGCAAAAUUUCUAUUGAUGCCUUUUAGAGUUCCGUAUCCAUUUGUACGAGCAUCACAAUAUCCUUGUGCAGUUGUUAUCAAACCCACCGUUGGAGAUUUCCUCAAUGAUUACUACAAUUCAAUGGAUCUUCACAUUGGUGUGACAAAUUCAUCGGGAUUAAUCGUUGAAUUUGAUAAGCAUGGUUUGCGUCGUCACAAGAGCAAAGAAUGGGAUCAAUGCUUGUUGUUGGAUCAAGUUGACACGCCGUGGCGGGAGCAUUGGGAUAAUGUGCUUACAACAUUCUGUAAGGAUUCUUGCUGGACAGCCAAAGAUUACGACGAGGAUGCGCAUAAUUGUUAUUCGUUUGUUUUGUGUUUCUUAUGCGCGUUGGAUUAUGGAACAUUGAGCACCGCAGCGGCUAAUCGUUCCUUGUUCUGUGAACAGUUUAUUGUUGGCCGCACGACUAGUGCGGGAAAAUAUAUAUCUUUGUUUCGGAAACUUAAGGAGCGGUGUUUCUAUGUACACAAGGAAUAGGAAUAGUAUUAUUUAUUGUUGGUAAUAAAUAUUGUUGGGUAUUUA